AAAUUUCGACACACUCAGAGGGGGUCCGAGCGUGAGCGUGACUGUCAAAUCUACAUAUUCUCUCUUCUCCUCUCUCUCUCUAAAAAAUUUCAGAAUUCAGAGGUGUGGUGUUCUGUUCUCUUCUCCUCUCUUUCUGUUCUCCUGUUCCGGAGAUUCGAUUCAAUCGCCAAUCUUUUUCAGCGUUUUUUCGGAUUCCGUCGUCGUCUUCCUCCUCCUCCAUUCAACCUCUGUCUUUUCGCAGAAUAUAAUGUUCCAGAUUUUCAAGGACUGGUUCUGAUCUGAUCCGAAUUUUUCUGAGUCCUCAGAAAAUAAAAGAGUUUUAAUUUAAUUCAAUCAAUGGAGGGUGACACAUUCUCAGGGCUUGGCAAUGGCAGCACGCAAAUUGAUGGAAAAGUUCUGCAGACGUUUCAGAAGAGCUUUGUGCAAGUGCAGAAUAUCUUGGACCAAAACAGGCUGCUGAUAAAUGAGAUUAAUCACAACCAUGAAUCCAAAAUCCCUGACAAUUUAAGCAGAAAUGUGGGUCUGAUCAGGGAGCUCAACAACAACAUCAGGAGAGUGGUUGAUCUUUAUGCUGAUCUCUCAAGCUCCUUCACCAAAUCCAUGGAUACUUCUUCUGAGGGAGGAGAUUCCAGUGGGGCUUUGAAGUCUGAUGGAAAAGCUGGGCACAAGAGAAUUAGGCCUGCUUAGAGAGAGAAAGUGAGAGAGAGAGAGAGAUUAUAAUUUGUCUUCCUAAUUCUUUUGCAUGUUGAGAUGGUAGAAAGAAAAAAAGGAGAAAAAUUGAUCAGAUUCUGUAAACUCCGCUGUAUCUGUUAGAUAAUAAUUCCCCAGAAUUGCUGUUUCAAUGUAAGUCUGUAACUGUGGAUCUAAUUGAAGAGAUAAAAAGAAGUUAAGCUGUGUUUGUGUAAUUCCAUAUCUUCUUAAUUGGUAAUAAAAGUUUAUAUUUGCCCUUUC